UGGCUGAAUGACGGAAAAGUCAUUUGAGCGGGUCUUCAUUUUUCGGAAGAGUAUCUCAAAAGCUCUUCAAACAAGGCACGGACACAGAAUCUAGAAAAUGAUAAAGAAUCAAUGAUAACGUUAUUUCCACGGGGGCCAGACCGGGAUCCACCCGAGCAAGGUAUUUAAUUAAAGCCCGAGCUCCAGCUCAGUUUUCCCAGGAGUCUCCUUUCCGGCCGUGCCUUGGCGUCAGUGCUGUUGCGUCUUCUCAUUGGCCGGUUGACGGGUUGCGGCGCCUGCGCGCUGCAUUCCUUUGAGGGUCGUGGGCAGACGCCAUUUUGGCCCCAGCGGUGCUUCUAGGAAGUAGAGCGCCGGCUCGCGUGCCUGCCUGCCUGCCAGCCUGCCAGCCUGCCUCCGCUUCCAGGUCAAAGCAUUCGCCGUUGCCGCUGCCGCUUUCUUACUCUCCGCACCCGUUAAGUUCUCCGGUCGGGCGGGAGUCUCUGAACACUCAGCCGCGCCUUCCGGGGUCACACCGCCUGGAAGGAGGUGACGGGGGCGGCGCGGGGCGCGGACACUCCCCGCUGAGAGUCCGCCUGCCAUGGACUCGGAAUAUUACAGCGGCGACCAGUCAGAUGAUGGUGGUGCUACCCCAGUACAGGAUGAACGGGAUUCAGGGUCAGACGGUGAGGAUGAUGUAAAUGAGCAACACUCCGGAUCAGACACUGGAAGUGUAGAACGUCAUUCAGAGAAUGAACCUAGUGAUCGAGAAGAUGGCCUCACCAAAGGACAUCAUGUGACAGACUCUGAGAAUGAUGAGCCCAUAAAUCUUAAUGCUAGUGACUCUGAAAGUGAGGAGCUUCACAGGCAAAAGGACAGCGACUCUGAAUCUGAGGAACGUGCAGAGCCUCCCGCAAGCGAUUCUGAAAAUGAGGAUGUCAAUCAGCAUGGGAGCGACUCUGAGAGUGAAGAGACCAGGAAAUUACCUGGGAGUGACUCUGAAAAUGAGGAGCUUCUUAAUGGGCAUGCAAGUGACUCAGAAAAUGAAGAUGUUGGGAAGCACCCCGCCAGUGAUUCUGAGAUUGAGGAGCUCCAGAAGAGUCCUGCUAGUGACUCUGAAACAGAAGAUGCUCUAAAACCUCAAAUCAGUGACUCUGAGAGUGAGGAACCCCCAAGGCACCAAGCCAGUGACUCCGAAAAUGAGGAGCCUCCCAAACCUCAAAUGAGUGAUUCUGAAAGUGAGGAGCUUCCUAAACCUCAGGUCAGUGAUUCGGAAAGUGAGGAACCCCCCAGGCACCAGGCCAGUGACUCUGAAAACGAGGAGCUUCCCAAACCUCGUAUCAGUGACUCCGAAAGUGAGGACCCUCCGAGGCACCAGGCCAGUGACUCAGAAAAUGAAGAGCUUCCCAAACCCCGAAUCAGUGAUUCGGAAAGUGAGGAUCCCCCAAGGAACCAGGCCAGUGAUUCUGAAAACGAGGAGCUACCCAAACCCCGAGUCAGUGACUCUGAGAGUGAGGGGCCUCGGAAGGGACCUGCCAGUGACUCAGAAACUGAGGAUGCAUCCAGACACAAACAGAAGCCAGAGUCAGAUGAUGACAGCGACAGGGAGAAUAAGGGAGAGGAUACAGAAAUGCAGAAUGACUCCUUCCACUCAGACAGCCAUACGGACAGAAAAAAGUUUCACAGUUCUGAUAGUGAGGAAGAAGAACCCAAAAAGCAAAAACUGGACAGUGAUGAAGAUGAGAAAGAGGGCGAGGAGGAGAAAGUAGCGAAGAGAAAGGCGGCGGUGCUUUCCGAUAGUGAAGAUGGAGAGAAAGCAUCAGCAAAGAAGAGCCGUGUUGUCUCUGAUGCAGAUGACUCUGACAGUGAUGCUGUAUCAGACAAGUCAGGCAAAAGAGAGAAGACCAUAGCAUCUGACAGUGAGGAAGAAGCUGGGAAAGAAUUGUCUGAUAAGAAAAAUGAAGAGAAGGAUCUGUUUGGGAGUGACAGUGAGUCAGGCAAUGAAGAAGAAAAUCUUAUUGCAGACAUAUUUGGAGAAUCUGGUGAUGAAGAGGAAGAAGAAUUUACAGGUUUUAACCAAGAGGAUCUGGAAGAAGAAAAAAGUGAAACACAGGUAAAAGAAGCAGAAGAUUCAGAUUCUGAUGAUAACAUAAAGAGAGGAAAACAUAUGGACUUUCUGUCGGAUUUUGAGAUGAUGUUGCAGCGAAAAAAGAGCAUGAGUGGCAAGCGCAGGCGAAACCGUGAUGGUGGCACCUUUAUUAGUGACGCAGACGACGUCGUGAGCGCCAUGAUCGUCAAGAUGAACGAAGCUGCUGAGGAAGACAGACAGUUGAACAAUCAAAAAAAGCCGGCACUGAAAAAAUUAACUUUACUGCCUACUGUAGUUAUGCACCUUAAGAAGCAGGACCUUAAAGAAACAUUCAUUGACAGUGGUGUGAUGUCUGCCAUCAAAGAGUGGCUCUCACCCCUACCAGACCGGAGCUUGCCCGCACUCAAGAUCCGGGAGGAGCUGCUGAAGAUCCUGCAAGAGCUGCCUAGUGUGAGCCAGGAGACCCUGAAGCAUAGUGGGAUUGGACGAGCAGUGAUGUAUCUCUAUAAACACCCCAAGGAAUCAAGGUCCAACAAGGACAUGGCAGGGAAAUUAAUCAAUGAGUGGUCUAGGCCUAUAUUUGGUCUUACCUCCAACUACAAAGGAAUGACAAGAGAAGAAAGGGAGCAGAGAGAUCUAGAACAGAUGCCUCAACGACGAAGAAUGAACAGCACUGGUGGUCAGACACCCAGGAGAGACCUGGAAAAGGUGCUGACAGGAGAGGAGAAGGCUCUUAGACCUGGAGAUCCUGGAUUCUGUGCCCGGGCAAGGGUCCCAAUGCCCUCAAACAAGGACUAUGUGGUCAGGCCCAAAUGGAAUGUGGAAAUGGAGUCAUCCAGGGUGUUGCUGUUACUGCUCAAUGUAAUCACACCUCGAAGAAGAAAUGGAAAACCUUGGGAUGUUGAUAAAGCUCAUAUCCUGCGGAAGAACUGCAGCGGGUCCCAGCUGAGUGGGAGAUGGGAUUCAGCAGUACUGGCCUGAUGUGCUGGAGUGACCCAGGCAGAGGCCCACUUGCAGAGACUAUGGGAGCCUCAAGAGAAAAUCUACCAUAAGAGAAGGACCAGUCUGACAGCAAGCCCAGCUUCCCAAGAAAAUAGAAGGCUGGAGACAAGCUGCUGUCCAGGUAUGUCCUGAACCAGCCAACCUGAAGGUAAGUUGGCUCCCUGGGAAGAGAAGGGCUAUAGGUAAGAACUAAAAGCUUUGUCCAUAGACACUGUAACACUGGAGUUCAAAAAAUGUUGCUGUGGAACAGCCCCUCUCAUCUGAACCCGGAGGGCAUGUUCUCACCUCCCAAGAGUAGUGUCUUGUAUUGAGGCACAGUGGUACCCUUCUGGAUCCACAGGCAAGGCCCCGUGGAGUCUCAGAAUAAUGAUAAAUCCUCUGGAUGACCUAGGGGCUGGUUAGGUGAGUAGAGCGCCCUGCUGUGGUGUGCCUGUGGGACCACUGGAGCCUGAAGCUGCCAAGGCAUGACUUGACCAGCCCCGGCAACUGGUUUAGGAUCAUACAA